AGAGGUAGUGUUCGAUUUGUGAAAAAAUAAAUAUGUUUGUUAGAAGGUGUGUAAGAAAUGGAAUAUUGUGAUUUGUGAAAAUGUGUAUUUAUUUUAUCACAAGCCUCAAGAAUAAUUUCAUCUAAUAACUGAUACAAUCAGUAACCAAAAUGUUAAUCAAAGAGUAUAGAAUUCCUCUGCCUCUGACUGUUGAAGAGUAUCGCAUAGCUCAGCUGUAUAUGAUAGCAAAGAAAAGCAAAGAAGAGAGCACAGGUGAAGGCAGCGGAGUCGAAAUAAUUGUUAACGAGCCAUAUGAAGAUGGACCUGGAGGAAAAGGUCAGUAUACUCAAAAAAUCUAUCAUGUUGGUAGCCAUUUGCCAGGAUGGUUUAAAAGUUUACUUCCUAAAUCAGCUUUAACAGUAUCUGAAGAAGCUUGGAAUGCCUAUCCUUAUACUAAAACCAGAUACACAUGUCCAUUUGUUGAAAAGUUUUCCUUGGAAAUUGAAACUUAUUAUUUUUCUGACAAUGGCCAUCAAGACAAUGUCUUUAAGUUGAAAGGAAGUGAUUUAAAAAAUAGAAUAGUUGAUGUUAUAGAUGUUGUUAAGGAUCAAUUGUAUGGUACUGACUAUGUAAAAGAGGAAGAUCCAAAGCUUUAUGUUUCUCAGAAAUGUAAUAGAGGACCAUUGUCUGAUUCUUGGUUAGAAGAAUAUUGGAGGGAAGUGCAAGGAAAACCACAACCAUUACCUAAUGGAAUGUCACUUAUGUGUGCUUAUAAAUUAUGUAGAGUUGAAUUUCGCUACUGGGGAAUGCAAACUAAACUUGAGAAAUUUAUUCAUGAUGUAGCAUUAAGAAAAACGAUGCUUCGUGCACACAGACAAGCAUGGGCUUGGCAAGAUGAGUGGCAUGGACUUACAAUGGAAGACAUUCGAGAAAUUGAAAGACAAACGCAGUUGGCAUUGCAAAAGAAAAUGGCAGGUGAAGCUGGUGAGGAAACUGAUUUGUCUGAGGAAAACUCAAAGUCCUUGGCAGCAACUAUGAGUAGCCUAGAGAAAACUGAAGAUUCAGCGAGUCCACUUACAAACAAGAAAACUAAUAUUGAACAAAGAGGUCAAAAACAGUUGAGCCCAGAAAAUUCUCCUCCUUCAGAACCAAAGUCUUCUAAAUCAAAUCUCAGAUCCUCUUCUUCAGGUUCCCUCAAAAGUUUACAAACUCAAGUUGCUAACUGGAGAAUGGAGACCUUAGUACGAGAAUCAGAAACAGAGACUGGUUCAGAAGAUGAAUUUUAUGAUUGCGAGUCUUCAUAUAAUAAAUGGUCAUCAAUGUGUUCUUUGGAUGAAGCUGAAAUUGAUAUAUCACCAACUCAGGGAGAAAAUAAUCAAGAUGACAGCAUAUUUAAUCCAUCGUUUUUGAAACGAGUAACUUCUGAAAGAGGUUCUCGCCGAAUUCCAACGUUGCACAGCCACCAGAGUAUAGAUGGUUGUCCUGAAACUCCGGUUCAUAGUUCAUGCCCAACAACUGUUUUAAUUCUUGUAUUUCAUGCAGGCAGUGUCCUUGAUGCAAAUGUCGAUAUGACUGCCAAAAAGUCUGAUGUUACAACUUUCAAAGGGGCUUUUGAAUCGGUUAUGCGACAACACUAUCCUACAUUAGUCGGUCGUAUUACUAUAAAAUUAGUAUCGUGCCCAUCUAUUUGUACGGAGGCGCUUGGAGUGCUGUCAACUUUGAGCCCCUACAGUUUUGAUUGUUCACCUUCUACAAUUGAAACUCCAUCUCUCACCAAUGACCUUAUUCCAAUCGGUGCUAUACCGUUGAUUGCAACAUCGUCACCAGAAUAUAGUGACUAUGUCAGUAAAACAAUUGUAUCAGCAAAUCUUGUUUACAAUGAAUUCAUAAAGUCAGACGAUGGAAAAGGAUUCAAUGGUCAAGUGUGUAUUGUAGGUGACAGCAUGGGUUCUGUUUUAGCUUUUGAUGCAUUAUGUCGUACACUCCGGUAUCAGUCACGACAUGACAGUGAAAGUAGUAUACUUGACACUGAAAUAACUAUUCCAAGUGAGCCAACUGAAAAUUAUUUAAAUAAAUCACACCUACAGGCUCCUACGCCAAGAAGACGGUCUUCUACAGCUAGUGAUAACCAGACAAAAUUAGAAUUUGAAGUCGGUGAUAUCUUUACUUUUGGUAGUCCAUUAUCGCUAAUUCUUGCUUCAAGAAAAAUAUCUGAUGACAAAUUCAAAGACAUAAUGAAACCACCUGUACAACAAGUCUUCAAUUUAUUUCAUCCUACUGACCCCGUAGCGUCUAGAUUAGAACCUUUGUUGUCGGCGAGAUUUACAAAUCUGCCACCAAUAAAUGUUGCUAGAUAUGCUAAGUACCCACUAGGGAAUGGUCAACCGUACCAUUUAAUUGAGUUAAUACAAAGUCAUCCAACUUUAUUUGGAGAUCAUUUGCCAAUGCCACCUACUCCAGUUUUAAGAAGACUUUCGGAGGCCUCUGUACAAAGCACUGUGAGUGGUAUGGUUGAUAAUAUACCAUUAAUUACUAUGAAUGCCCUUCAACAAAAGUGGUGGGGUCCAAAACGGUUAGAUUAUGCCCUGUAUUGCCCAGAAGGCUUGGCAAAUUUCCCUACAAAUGCUCUACCACACUUGUUCCAUGCAAGUUAUUGGGAGAGUUAUGAUGUUAUAGCAUUUAUUUUAAGGCAGGUAGGUCAUUUUGAUUUGGCGUUGUAUAAUCAAGCUGAAGACAAAGAAAGUGCAAUGUUUAACCCUGGACAAGAUAAAGAAAAAUGGAUGAGAAAGAGAACUUCAGUGAAAUUAAAGAAUGUGGCAGCAAAUCACAGAGCCAAUGACGUUAUUGUAAGAGAAGGAUGUCCGCAAACAUUUACAGCCAGAUUUAUGUAUGGUCCACUUGAUAUGAUAACUUUAACCGGCGAAAAAGUUGACAUUCACAUGAUAAAAGACCCGCCAGCAGGCGAGUGGAACUUAUUAUCCACAGAAGUAACGGACAAGACCGGAAGAAUUAUCUAUACAUUAUCAGAAAAGCAAAGUGUAGGCUGUGGAGUUUAUCCAGUGAGGGCAGUCGUUAGAGGCGAUCACACGAGCUGUACCUUUCAUCUGGCGGUUGUACCUCCGCAGACUGAAUGCGUAGUAUUUAGUAUUGAUGGUUCCUUUACGGCCAGCGUAUCAGUUACCGGUCGGGAUCCAAAAGUAAGAGCUGGGGCUGUAGACGUAGUACGAUUUUGGCAAGACCUAGGCUACCUCAUUCUUUACAUAACAGGUAGACCAGACAUGCAACAACGAAAAGUUGUUUCAUGGCUAGCCGAACAUAACUUUCCUCAUGGCUUAGUGUUCUUUUCGGAUGGAUUUUCUACCGACCCUUUAGGUCACAAGGCUGCUCAUUUGAAUAACUUGAUAACAGAGCACGGAGUUAUUAUACAUGCUGCGUAUGGUUCGGGGAAAGAUAUUACUGUAUACAAUAAUUGUGGAUUAUCUCCGAAGCAAAUAUAUGCUAUUGGAAAAAUAAGUAAAAAGUAUUGUAAUAUGGCUACCACUUUGAAUGAUGGAUAUGCUUCACAUUUGGCUGAUUUAAAAUUACCAGGCGCAGUUAGACCUGCUAGAGGCAAUGCACGCCUACUAGUUCCACGUCGACUUCUAGCACCAGUUAGCAGUUCUUCAGUAUCUCGUAGUCGUCGUUAAAUACGUAUAUCUGGUGUAUUCCCUACAUUCUUUCUCAAGCUAUGUAUUAUAAUUAUUAUAAUGCAUUUGCAAUUUCUUCAAAUUUGUUAUUAUAAGAAUAUUUACUAUCAAGAUAUUAAAGAUUAACUUUUCCAUUCGGUGAAGUCUAUUAUAUAAACAGAAUUAUAUUUUUUCAUUGCAAAUAUUUCGUGUAUUUGAAAACUAAAAAAUGUAAAUGAUGUUUAAAUCGUAAAUAAUUGAAUUAAGUCUAUUGUCACUGUGUACCUUACUAAUUUAUUAUUAAUGUACUAUUGUCUAUAAUCAAGUUACAUCUAGACACGGUUACUAAUAAGCUAAUCGUUUAAAUAUGUGGUAGGCGUAUACUGUUAAUCCAUUUGUAAGGCUGGGAAUCUCAUCUUUCGAUUUAAGUAUAAAUCUAGUCUCUUUACGUAACGUAUUUAACAAUUUAAUUAGGUCAGGGCUUUACUAAUACAUGCUUUUAUCUACUUUAACUGCACGUGGUGAUUUUCAUUUAUAAAAAUCGUUGAGUAUUGAUUAUACAUAAUGAUUGUAUAGUAUAUGGCGCAUUCCAAUAAAUAUUAACUCAAAUAGAGAUUUUUUAAACGGUUUCUUAUAAUGUAUUAGUAAAUUUGACCUUU